UGUUUUGUUAUUUUCUCAUAUUCCGUAAAAUUUUAAUAUUAAGAAAUCAUCAAAAAGUUGAGUGCUAAUAAAAACCUGUGAAAUACUUAACUUUGCUUAAAACAUGACACGACACGCUCGUAAUUGCACAGCCGGUGCUGUAUAUACAUAUAAUGAAAAGCGGCGUGAUGCAGCCGAAUCAGGCUAUGGCACCAAAGCACAACGUCUUGGAAAAGAUUCGGUUAAGUCCUUCGAUUGUUGUUCUCUAACUUUACAACCUUGUCGUAAUCCAGUGAUAACGAAAGAAGGAUACCUUUUUGACAAGGAAGCCAUUUUGCAAUAUAUAAUUACAAAGAAAAAUGAAUACAGUCGUAAAUUGAAGGAAUUCGAACGUUUACGACGGCUUGAGGAGACGGAAAACGCACAGGAGUUAAAUCUUAAACAACAAAAAUGCAUUGAAAAGUUUGUAAACGCUGGUAAACCAGUCAAUGAGUGUGCCAGUGAUAAAAAAUCGGCUGACGUAAUUGCUAUAACACCAAGCACCUCUGCGGCUGCAGUAGCUGCGGCCGGUGGCUCCAUCUCUAACAUGACCAAUGGCAAUGAAAAGAAGUUGCCUAGUUUCUGGGUGCCCUCCGAGUGUCCAAAUGCUGGUGCAGCAAAGGCAAAAAAACCUGAUUCAACCAUUUAUUGUCCCGUCUCCGAGAAACCUUUAAAAGUAAAAGAUUUAAUAAAUGUAAAAUUUACACUAAUCAAGGAUGGUGAUAGUAGCCGUUCGCUAAUAGCAAAAGAAGCGCGUUACAUGUGCCCCGUAACUCACGAUGUACUCAGCAAUGCUGUACCCUGCGCUGUGUUGCGUCCAACUGGCGAUGUGGUUACAAUGGAAUGCGUAGAGAAAUUAAUUAAGAAAGAUAUGAUACAUCCUUUGACGAAUCAGAAACUAUCCGAAAAAGAUAUUAUACCCUUACAGAGAGGUGGUACCGGCUAUGCUAUGACCAAUGAUAAUUUAAACGCCAAGGAAAAGCGACCAAUGUUGCAAGUUUAGAGUAUUCCUCUUUAAGUUAAGCAAUUUAGUUCUUUGUUGGUUUCGAUAUAAGAUUUUGAGUAUCUUAUGUUAUUUUUUAAUUAAUAUUUUAAAAAAUUAACUUAAAAAAAUUUUGGAAUUACUAUUUUUUAUGUUUAAACAUAAAUAACUUCAAUUGUGAACCUUAACUAAUAUUACAUAUUAAAAAUAAAUAUACAUACAAGCAUUUU